AACCCUAAUAUAUAUAUGCUGACUCGGAUAUUGGCCCUUACAUUACACCUCAAAAUUAUAAGUCUAUGGAGUCAUCGAGUGUUAGAUACAUCUCUUUCAACGCCAUUUUCAGGCCUGCAACCAAAAAGCAAGAACCGUAAUCAUAAUAUAAUACAAAACCUAUCCUCCUAUUUAUUUACUACCCCACCCCCUCACCUCUUUGUCCUCCACUCACCACCCUUUCUUCAAACCUCAGCCAGUUCUUCUUUUUUUGCUGCUGUGAAAUUCAAUAUGUUUUGUUUAACAUGCAAAAAUUUGGCAUUGGUGUUAAUGGUGUUUCAGCUAAUUUGCAUUUCUCUAUGUUUUCAUCAUUCUGAUAAGAUCGUGAGGCUCCCCGGACAACCCCGCGUCGGGUUUCAGCAGUUUUCGGGGUAUGUUAGUGUUGAUGAAACGAAGCAUAGAGCUCUUUUUUAUUACUUUGCUGAAGCUGAGAUUGAUCCAGAUUCUAAGCCUUUGGUUCUAUGGCUAAAUGGAGGUCCUGGUUGUUCUUCUGUUGGAGUUGGAGCAUUCUCCGAAAAUGGACCUUUCAGACCAAAUGGAAAAGUUUUAAUGAGAAAUGAAUAUAGUUGGAAUAAAGAAGCAAAUAUGUUAUAUUUGGAGUCACCAGUUGGAGUUGGAUUCUCUUAUGCUACUGAUAGAUCAUCUUAUGUGGCAGUGGAUGAUGAGGCAACAGCUAGGGACAAUCUUGUAUUCUUGAAACGCUGGUUCAACAAGUUCCCUCAAUAUAGGCACAGGGACUUGUUCUUAACAGGGGAAAGCUAUGCAGGUCACUACAUUCCUCAACUUGCAAAGCUUAUGGUUGAAAUUAACAAAAAGGAAAAUUUAUUCCAGCUAAAAGGAAUUGCAUUGGGAAAUCCUGUACUAGAAUAUGCUACUGAUUUGAAUUCAAGAGCGGAGUACUUAUGGUCUCAUGGGCUGAUUUCAGAUUCAACAUUUGAAAUGUUUACUACUUCUUGUAAUUAUUCGAGAUAUGUGAGUGAAUACUAUAGAGACUCACUUUCAAGUGUUUGCUCACGAGUUAUGGCCCGAGUUAACUCAGAAACCAGUAGGUUUGUGGAUAAAUAUGAUGUUACGCUUGAUGUCUGCAUUUCAUCAAUCUUAUCGCAGUCCAAGGUUUUAAGACCGCAGCAAGUAUCGGAGAGAAUAGAUGUGUGCGUAGACGACGAAACCAUGAACUAUCUCAACAGAAAGGAUGUACAGAAGGCUUUACAUGCUCGGCUUGUUGGCGUUGGCCGAUGGGAAGCUUGCAGCGACAUACUGGAGUACGAGGUGCUUAAUCUAGAAAUACCGACGAUCAAUAUCGUUGGAUCGCUUAUCAAAGCUGGAAUUCGAGUACUGGUUUACAGUGGAGAUCAAGAUUCUGUGAUUCCAUUAACGGGUAGCCGAACCCUUGUUCAUAGACUAGCAAAAGAGUUGGAACUCAACACGAGCGUGCCUUAUAGAGUUUGGUUUGCAGACAAGCAGGUUGGUGGAUGGACUCAAGUUUAUAGUGAGAUUCUGUCAUUUGCGACGAUAAGAGGGGCUUCUCAUGAAGUGCCAUACUCGCAGCCGGAGAGAUCAUUGGUGCUAUUUAAGUCGUUUUUGCAAGGCAAACAUCUACCUGUAGAAUUCUGAUAUUCUUUUUUAUUGUAAUGUACAUAUUUUGGUGUUGGUAUAGUCAUUCAAAAGCAUAAUAUUCUUUGUUUUUGCAAAAAGAAAAUGAGUGUCAUUAGGGUUUUCUCAAGUGUAAUCAAUGUUGAAGGUUACUACAAUUUGCAAUUUUGAUGAUAGAUUUCUUUGAUUGGAUUA